UUGUAUGCAGCAUUGUUCUUGUAGGGGUUUGUGGGGUCGUUUGUCAACACACUCCUCUUAGGGGGGCCUUGCAGGUUCUUGACAUGGGGGUCCGUAAGGAGGACAGUGAAUUCGGAUGUGCAUUGUUUUCUGCCAAUAGGGAAAUGCAAAUUACUAUCCAUGGACUGAAUAACGACGAUGGGUUCAUUGAGUCGAACGAACGAUGGCUUGUGCUAUGUUUAUUUUUUGAAAUAGAUCCUUGACUCUCUAAGGCCUAGAGCUACUUUAUUUCAAUUUAUCUCUCGGGCUUGUAAAGGAGCCCAGAAUCUGGAUAAUGAAAAGAAAAUCAGACCCUUCCCAACUAUCAAAAAUGAAAUGUCGAUUCAGAACUUCUACUGAGAGGGAAAAACUGGAUACCACAGCAACAGAAUGUAGUGCCAAAACUGACUUCAGUAACUCUGACAAACUGUUAAAAAGACACCUGAGCUCUGUGCACAACGAGAACAGCUUUCUGAAGUUUUUAAAUGAAGACAGGCAAAAGCCCACUUCACUCUGUGACCUGACAGUCUCCGUGAGUGGGAAGCAAUACAGUGUCCACAAGGUUGUCCUCGCCUUUGGGAGUAGCUACUUCCAUGCCCGACUUUGCAAAAACCCAGAGACCAGCCACAUCAUGGUCGACCACGUCGAGGACUCUGCUUUCCAGCACUUGCUGGGUUUCCUGUACACGUCUGAGUUUGUGGUGUCAGACACUGAGAUCCCAUUUCUGGUGGAAGCGGCUCGUUCCUUGAAUAUGGUGACUGCAGUAGAUCUGCUGACAGACCAGAGUGGCUCCACCACUUCGUCUCCUGUGCAGAUAGAGGGUGGACCGGCUGAGGACCUGGCUGAUACAGGGCUGCAGAGUCUUCCAGAGGGUGGCGCUAAAGCCCAGGCAUCAGGGGCGGUCAGCUGCACAUUUUGCAACCGCACGUUUCGCUACAGGAAGUCCCUGGAGAACCACAUGGCCAGAAGCCACAGCACUGAUAGCCAGGGUACUCAAGGUGAGGUAGCUAUAGAAACGGUAGCUGUGGUAACCACUAGGAGGUCUGCCCGGCAGAGAAAGACCCCGGCCAAGUUCGAAGAGUGUGACAAAAAUGGAGGAGCAGCAGAAGGAAAACCCAAGAGGAAAACACUGAAUGGAAAAGGAGAGGAGGUGGAUGAUGGAGGAGGGGAAGAAGAGGAGGAUGAAGAGGGAGGGAAUGAAGAAGACAAUGAGCAAGACACUGAGGAGGGAAACCAAAGAAUUGAAGUUGUGAAGGGACAAAAAUCUACCCCUGCAGAAGAGAAGGUUCUGGAGGAGGUAGAGGAGGCAAGAGAAGUGAAUCAAGAGAAGCAGACCUCUGAACGCAAGCAGGUGGUAGAGAGCGACAGCACGGCUGCAAGCCAGUUGGAUCCAUGUGUGGCCGCAGGGAUUCCACCCAGUCAUGAGGCGGCGGCACACCGUCGGGUGUCUGACUCUUCCAGUCACACAUACCCAGAAGGCCUAGCUCCUCUGGUCAUCCAAACCUCCAACAGGAAAACACUCAAGUGCCCCAAGUGUGACAAAACAUUUGACAGAAUAGGAAAGUAUGAAAGCCACACUCGAGUUCACACUGGAGAGAAACCCUUUCAGUGCGAUAUCUGCCACCAGAGCUACUCAACUAAAUCCAAUCUCAGUGUGCACAAGAAAAAACACGCCAAUAAUGCCCCUUUUCAGAAGAAAGACCACAAAUGUCCCUUCUGCAACAAACUGCAUGCCAGCAAGAAGACAAUGGCAAAACAUGUCAGAAGGUUCCAUCCUGACCACAUACAGGAGUUCAUAACCAUGAGGAAGAGGAAGAGUGAGGGCUGGAAAUGUGACAUAUGUCAUAAGUCUUUCACCCGAAGACCCCAUCUGGAAGAACACAUGAUCCUGCACUCCCAAGACAAACCUUUCAAGUGUGCUUACUGUGAUGAACACUUCAAGUCAAGGUUUGCAAGACUGAAACACCAGGAAAAAUACCAUUUAGGUCCAUUCCCAUGUGACAUCUGCGGGAGACAGUUCAAUGACACGGGGAAUAGAAAACGGCACAUUGAAUGCACACAUGGUGGAAAGAGAAAAUGGACAUGCUACCUGUGUGGGAAAUCAGUACGGGAGAGAACCACCCUACGGGAGCAUUUAAGGAUCCACAGCGGAGAGAAACCUCACCUCUGCAGCAUAUGUGGGCAGAGUUUCAGACAUGGCAGCUCCUACAGGCUUCAUCUCCGUGUUCACCACGAUGACAAACGGUAUGAGUGUGAUGAAUGUGGGAAGACGUUCAUCAGGCAUGAUCAUCUGACCAAGCACAAAAAAAUACACUCUGGCGAGAAAGCCCAUCAAUGUGAGGAGUGUGGCAAAUGCUUCAGGCGUCACGAUCAUCUCACAGUUCAUUAUAAAAGUGUCCACCUGGGGGAGAAAGUGUGGCAAAAGUACAAGACAGCAGUUCAUCAAUGUGAAGUCUGCAAGAAAGAGUUCAAAGGAAAGUCCAGUCUGGAGAUGCACUUCAGGACACACUCUGGAGAGAAGCCAUACAAGUGUCUCAUCUGUCACCAGACCUUCCGCAUUAAGAAGACGCUAACCAAGCACAUGGUCAUCCACUCCGACGCAAGGCCCUUUAACUGCCCUCACUGCAGUGCCACCUUCAAGAGGAAGGACAAGCUAAAGUAUCACGUGGACCACGUACACAGCUCCCGACCUGCUGAGCAGCCUCACGCUGACCUUCCUGGGGAGAAGGUCGUGCCCUCGCUGUCAUACUCAGAACCGACCAAGCAGUACCGGGCUGAGCACAAGAGUGUCCUGCAGAGCGUUUCCUCGGGUGAUGUGUGUGUGCCUGUUACCCUGGUACCGGUGCAGAUGUCAGACAUCUCUGGACAUGCUGAUCUGGCAGUGCAGGGGGCACGUCAUGGGGUCCUGCCACAGGGGCAGCAGCCGCCGCCGACAGGGUACCAGCCCGCCACGGACCUGGUGUUCCUUGAGAAGUACACGCUCACGCCUCAGCCCGCUAACAUUGUCCACCCGGUGCGCCCUGAUCAGAUGAUGGACCCCCGGGAACAGUCUUACCUGGGGACGCUUCUGGGGCUAGACCCCACCACAUCUGUGCAAACUAUGGCCACCCCUGACCACAGUCACUAAACCCCCAAACUGCUGUUUCUCGCUCAUCAAAAGAAUCUAGACAUACUGUACAGAAGGGCACUUUCCACAUCUUCCCUGACAUUAUUCAGAACCUCAAAAGGCACACUGCAGCCACAUUUACCUUGAUAACCUCAUGAGCAACUUUUAGGCUAUAGUACAUGAGCCAGAGGGGGUCACCACAGCCUCUUGGGGGAGCUAUUACCCCCCCAAUGUAACAUCAAUGGGCAAAGUUGAUUGAUUAUGACGAGUCGAAAGAGUCAAGUUAGUGAUUCAGUGAGUGGAGUCCAUGUGUUGCACCACAAGGAGGAUCAUAUUGCACCGAAAUAUUUUGCAGGGCUCGCCCUGAAAUUGCUGGUGGGGAGCGGGGCGGGGGUACAAAUAAAAAUGUAUUUAAUGGACACUGGAUGUUUGAAAAUAGUUUGCUCAA